AUGGACCCCGCCGCAAGCCACAUGGGUGAAACGAAAAACUUUAAAAGCGUCAAUAAUGUCAACAAAUCAAUUUUGGAAGUGUUUGGUGACCUCAGUGUUAAAUCAGAUGUAAAGAGAAACAAUUCUUGCAUCGCUCUUGUUCAACACUUAGCUGAUAAUGUGGAUGACGAGUCGGAAGAAAAUGUCUCCAAAAGUCUUGACUACUGUCUCAAACGCUUGGUCAGAGGUUUGGGGGGGACUCGCCAGCCGCAGCAGAAAGGAUACUUCACUGCACUUGUCAGUGUAUUAGACACAUUUCCUGCAAUAUCAGGACAGCAUUUCAUCGAAACUGUAGUCAAAGAAUUGGGAGGAUCCAAAGAUGCGGAAGAAAAAGAGUCAACAAUGGGGAUGGCACUUGCCUAUGGAGCCGCCAUUAGGGGAGGUCUCUUUGCCAGAAGUUCAACUGAACAACAGAAGCAAAUCAUAUCAACACUAUUUAAAUGUGGCAAGAAGAAAAGUUAUAUCCCUUUUGCCUCUUCAAGCUUUCUUCUUGACUUAAUCCAGACUAGUGAUGAACACUUGCUCAUGGACGCAGUGUGGCCUGUUUUGAAAGAUGAAGUUUCAAAGCCAUGGGUGGACCAAUCUUUGGAUACACUAGCUAUCUUGUUAUUGGUUUCCAACCGAGCUGUCAAUAUUGUUAAGAGUAAAACAAUUCAAAAGUGGUUGGGCAUCCCCCUUUUGUCUCCAGAGUCAAUGCAACAUUUUGCUCAGAAGCUUGUGGCUAACAGCACUUCUCUCACUGUGAAGCAUCCUGUUUAUGAUGAAUUUUGUAAAAGUCUGUCUUCACCUAGCAAUGACAACCUGCUUCAAUCAUUUUGGACUGUACAUGUUGACAAUAUACUAGCUUCAUCUAACAAAAAUAAGGAUCUUGCUGUCCUCCGCAUCCUUACAAUUCUUCUGAAAGAUAUGACUAAUAAGCAACAGAUUGAAGUUUUAGUCACUCCUCGAGUGCUUGAUGUGAUUGGACGGAUAUUGCGUGCACCACCAGCUGAAAGAAAAAUAUUCCAUGAAUUGCACACUUUGGCUCGGGAGGCAAUCACCACCAUUGGUACUACACUUUCAACUGAUGACGUCACUGAUAAAAUUCGAUUAUCUGUUCUGAAAAAGAUUCUUUUUGAUUCGGGUAAUCUUCAGUACGAAAAGCAGACAGGCACUCAUAUUGCGAUACUUUUAGAAAACAAACUCACCAAAAAAGGGGUUGUAAAGCUUGCCAAGCAAUUUAAGGAGGUUGUUGAUGGUACAUCUCCAACAAAUGGUAAGGUUUGGACUAACAAAGACCGCAAAUUUGCUGCUCAACAGCUAACUAGAUUGAUUGGUCACCAAGCAUGUAACAGUGAAAUUGAAUGGAAAGUUGAGCAGCUUCUUUUCCUUUUGCAUCGUGGCAUAUUCCGUCAGGAUUCCUCAAGUACCAUUGGGGUUGAAUUGGCUGGAACUUUGAGACACUGUUUCUUCAGAGCAUUGGACCAGAAGUUUUCAAACAUUGAUACUAUGAUUGGUGUUUUGAGUCAAAUAGUCCAGCAUAUUAAUGAGCAAUUGGUAAAGCAAGAAAAAGCAACACAGACUGUAAGAAUACCUUUCAGUAAAGAGGCAUCUUUAGCCUGGCGCAAAAUGCUGAAGACAAUUUCCCAGCUUGAGUCUAAGAAUGUAUCCAAUGGAAACAAAGAGUCUGCUGAGCGGAUAUUCCAUGUCCUUUUCCUUUUCAUGGGACUUCAGCUCAUAUCAGAUCCAGAUAUGGCCGCUGGAUCUCUUCAAGAACUCCACAGCUGUUAUGAUCGGGUUAAAAGUGGCAAGCAAGACUCAAAACAAGAAGAGCCUCAAUGGGUUGAAGUGACGAUUGAUCUUUUCCUUUCACUUCUCUCACAUGAUUCUCAUUUAUUAAGAACAAUUGUUGGCACAGUUUUUCCUCAUCUAAGUAAACAUCUUUCUGUGUCAGCCUUUUAUCAGAUAUUGGAAGUCUUGGACCCUGACCAGAAUGAAAAUCCUUUAACUUCAGCUACUGAUGCUGAUGACUCUAAUGAUGAAAGUUCAUCAGAUGAUGAAGAUAAUUCGGAGACAGUGACACAGAAAAAUGUUAAUGGGAAAGGAAAGCACCAAGAAAAUUCAAGUGAAGAAAAUUCAGAUGAGGAUAGUGAUGACAGUGAAUCAAAUGAGAACGAUGAAAGUGAUGAUCCAGAUAAAGAAAAUGAUCUAGAUGACGGUUUUGAAGAUUUUGAUGAUGAUGAAGACAUGGAUGAAACUAUAAAUGACAAAUUACGUCAAGAGGUGAGGUACGCUCUUGGCAAUGCUGCAUCUCUGACUGACACUGAAUCUGUUGACCUGGAUGACAUAGAUGAAGAAGAAGGCCAACGUAUGGACACAGCCUUAUCCCAAGCUUUCAAAAACUUACGUCAAUCUAGGAGCAGUAAGAAGAGCAAGAAACAGCUUAAGAGUGAGGAGGCAGUUACUCAUUUCAGAAAUCGUGUCCUUGAUUUAGUUGAGAUUUACAUUUCACGUGAACCUUCCAUGGACAUAUGUCUGGAGUGCAUUACACCACUGCUGUCACUUCUGGCCUUCUCUAUGAAAGAUGUUCACCAGAAACCUCUUGAAAUGAAAACCAAAAGCAUCUUACAUAAACUGACAAGUUUGAAAAAAUUCUCAUCAAUGGGUGGAGUCAAUGAGCAAUCACUUGCUGAGCUCAUAAAAUCUCUAGCAGGCAAAGGUGUUCGCAGCGCAACCACAUUUUUAGGUUUGGCUGAUUUGAUUUCUGAUUGUUGUACAUUUUUAGUGAGAUGCUCUGAGUUUAUCAGGUCUCAAUCCUCAAAUCAGCAAAGCUCAGCGAAGAAAAACCUUGUUGCCGAUGUUAUUGAGUCCCUCUUUAUUGACUUCUGCACCAAGAGAGACACUCUUCUUCCCAACAAUAUGUUCAAGUCAGUCAUUAAUCUUCAAUGGAAUGGGUGCUGGUCCGUUGCACCUGUAAUUGUGCAACAUGCAUUUGACUCAAAAGUUCGUCCAUUCCGAAGAGGCCAGGCAAUAGAACUCUUAUCUACCUUCUUUAGAAACAAUCAUCUAUUAAACUCUGCGGAUCAAAAGCAGAAACAGGCCUUGAAAAAAAUUGUCUCCUCUGUCAUAGACAACACUAUUGAGUUACUGAGCUCUGAAAAUGAUUCAAGUGCAAGGGUUCAACCUCGGCAAAAUCACCACUUAUUGGCAAGUGUGCUGAAACUUAUUCAGCAACUCUUGGCUAGGUCUGAUACCAAACCUGCAAAUACUUCAACUUUGUCCUCUGCUCUGGAUUCAUUCUGUCAAAACUGUGGAGGAGUCCCAGCAGAAACCAAGAAAGUCCUUACAUCUCUCAGCAAGUUACUGAGCUUUGAUAUUAGCUCAUUAAGAAAGGUUAAGAAAGGGAAGGCAGAAAAUGCAGCUGUUUUAAAUGGUGAUAGCAGUGAUGAGGAAACCUCAGAUAAUGAAACUGUCUUUAACAAGCAAAAUCAGAAUGGAAAUGCCAGAGGAGGUGAUGAUGGAAUUCAGAGGAAGCAGAAUCUACCUAAAGGAAAAAACAGAAAAGAUAAAAAGCUACAUAGAAUGGCAUUGAUGGGUAAAGGUCUUGAUUCUGUUACAUUUAGUUCUGUAAAUGACAGUUUGUUGAAUGGCAGGGAACCUGACGAUGAGGAUACUCUUGCUGAUAAUAGUUUCUCUAAGAUUAAUGGCUCUAAGUCUGAAAAAAUGUCUUCUUUUAAAAGGAAAUCUGUAUCUAGUGACUCACAAACGCCGAAGAAAAAAAAGAAAAAUGUUUAAGUUGCUUAUUUGAUUGUCUUAGUUUUUCUACUUCAUUCCUGUCUUCAUACAACGGACUGUCUUGCAAUAUUUUGAAGUCAGGAACUCAAUUUGAUAUCUCAGACUUAUGACUGAAUCAUGUUAUCGGAGCAGCAUUCUUACUAGCUUGUCUAUUCAAAUUUUAAUAGUGUUCAUGACUACAGCAGUCAAUAGUCCUCCCAUGGAAGCUGCGCUAGGAUUUUUACUUCAAUUUAUUAACACUGGAGAAGUUAUUGUUAAAUAGAGUAUGUUUUGUUAAAACAUAGAAUUUACCAGCUGAUUUUUGAUCUGCUCAUGCUGAAUGUAUUUCUUAUAGAAAUUAAUGUCUGAUGCUGUAGCCUGAAAUGUGCCUUGUUGAAGUCAGAUAAGCCUUAAAUAUGGAUUGUUAUAUUUUUUUCUUGGCUAUGCUGGGUUGUCAUUUGACAAACUUAAAAAAUAAUGAGUAUGUUGAGAGGUGCCAAAACUUGGCAUUUAUCUUACUGGGUGUCUUUUUAUAAAACAAUAUAAUUGUAUUGUUGAUUGUUGGUUUCAAGGAGGACCCUAUAUAAGAUCCCUAUGAGGUUUUAUUAAAGAUUGUUUACAAAUGAAAUUCA